AUGUACGGCAACGUAGGACUUUCUACACCUCGCGGUUCUGGGACAAAUGGUUACGUAGUUCGUAAUCUAUCUUUUAUCAGACCUCGCAAAGAUAUACAAAUUGAGUCUUUAGAUGAAGCUAAAGCAAAUGCCUCUACAUUUGCUAAUCGUAAACCUAAUCAAGAGAUAUUGGAUCAUGAAAGAAAGCGACAAGUGGAAUUAAAGUGUAUAACUUUUCAACAGGAACUUGAAGAGGCCGGGAAAACUGAGGAAGAAAUCGAACAAGAAGUCAAUUCGUUUCGUCAAUCGAUGCUUAGAUCCAUUGACAUUGUGAAGGAUAACAAAAACAUUCAGGAAUAUCAGACACAUCAUCUUUCCCAGGCUAAAAUCACGGAGAAUGAAAAAAUGAUGAGAGCUUUAGGUAUAAAUUCACAAUAUUAUGUUGAGGGUGCAGCAUUUGAUCGUGAAUUACAAGAAACGAAAAAGCAAGAAAGAAUUAUUCAACGAGAAAAGGAUCUUGAAGAACAUCAAAAAAGGUUAGAAGAGAAAGAGCGUGAAUUAAUUGAACGAGACAAGAAAUGGGAAGAAAAGUGGGAGGAAGACAAAAAGAAAAAAGAAAAAUUACGCAAUCUUCUUCGUGAGAAAGAAAGUCAUCCAGUAGAAAAAGAUGAUGAUAGGGAAUAUUAUUAUCGACGUGAAGAAAUACAUAAAAACAAUUAUAAAACUCGCGAAAAGAGUCGAAAAAGAAACUCAAGUGUCAGCGAAAGCGGUAGCGAAAGUAGCAAUACAGAAAGUAAUAGUAGUCGAGAUACUCGUGGCAAACGUUAUCAUAUGUCGCGUCGCGUUAGUAAACAAGGAGAUAGUGAUAUAAAUGAAAAAUAUUCAAGAAGAAAUAAUAAUGAUCAUUCUGACAGAGAAACUGAAAGAUAUCAUAAUUCAAGAGACCACAGAAUGCCUAGAUCCCCAAAACGGCGUCAAGGAUCUCCUACACGCAGGAGAAAUCGAGAUAAUAGUAUUCCUUCUUCUAGAAGAAAUCGGGAUGGAAGUUUAUCACCGCUUCCAAGAAGAAAUCGAGACAGUGUAUCUCCUUUUCAAAGAUAUCGAGAUAAUAGCUUUUCCCCAUCACGUCGAUCGCAAAGAAAUCAUAGUUCAAAAGAGUUUUCUACAAAUUCAGAAAGGAAAUCUUUUCGUAGCGUUUCACCACCUUCAUAUAGACAUUACCAGGAUGAUAAUGUUCGUUCUCGUUAUCGUAAUGAAUUUAAGUCAAGACGUGAUAUUUAUAGUUCGGAAAAGCGCAAUGAUUAUUCACCUCGAAGUAAUAAUGGAAAAGCAUAA